ACAAAAGUUGUACGUUUCAAAAUUCAAACCGACAAGUUGCAUUAAAAGUUCACAUUCGAUAUAAUGUUGCAUGUCGUCCACCGUAUGCACGAAAUUUCGCGUUUUCGCUCGAGUUUUUUAUAAUUAAUGUUCAUAACAGCGUGUUGCAUUACUCACGUUUAAAAACGUGCGGAAUAAUACGAUCUUUUUAGAUCACAGAAAUACACGACUGACGAGGCAACUUGUAACUGACCGACGCUUGUGGCGCGAGAAUAUUGCACAUUCAACUUUUCGAAAUUUCAAAAUGGCGCGUCCGAUUGAUUGUUACGGUUAGACAAGCGGACCGUGUAGACACCACGAAAUCGGAGAUGUAUAUAUUGCGAAAAUAUAUCGAGGUAUCGACGGAUCAGCGAUAAGAGCACUGGUUUCAUCUGUUAACCACUAAGGAAGAGCGUAUUGCUGUCAAUAACGAGGAACAAAGUUCAUUCAGAAAGAAAGAAAACAGUGAGAACAGGGUGAUCACGCUCCUCCGUAUGACAGACGGAACUGUCAUAUUCUACUGAAGCGUGCAUUUAUCCACGAAACUUUCAAAGACAUCGACGCAACUAUGGCGAUGGGCAAAGGGUUUCGCGUCUACGAAAAGUUAAAACCACCUAGCCCGCAUUCACUCAUAUUGGAGCAACGAAAUCGAAAGGAAACUGUUCUUUUCGAAUCGCAGGCAGUCGCUGUUCUUUCUGCUGAAGAAACAGAGACUUUGAAAGGGAAAUACACAAAAUUGUUAGACGCAUAUGGAUGCGUAGGUGUCUUGCAAUUAAACGCAGGCGAAAAUACUUUGUUGUACCUUGUUCUUGUCACUGGCUGUUUUUCGGUUGGUAAAAUAGGAGAAUCUGAAGUGUUUAGAAUUACACAGACACAUUUUGUACCACUUCAUUAUACGCAAAGCAACGAGGAUCGUGUAUCUGAAGUUAGAAAAGUUCUUAACUCUGGUACAUUUUAUUUUUCUUGGUCUGCUAAUCAAGAGCCUCUUGACAUUACCCUUAGUGCACAAAGGAGAUGCAAAUCUACAACAACUGACAAUAGAUUCUUCUGGAAUCGAAUGUUACACAUACAUUUAUUAAGAUAUGGAGUGGAUACAUCUCAUUGGUUACUUAAAGCUAUGUGUGGUAGUGUGGAGAUUCGAACUGUGUAUGUUGGUCACAGGCAAGCUCGUGCUGUCCUUAUGUCUAGAUUAAGUUGUGAACGAGCAGGCACAAGGUUUAAUGUCAGAGGAACUAAUGAUGAUGGUCAUGUAGCAAAUUUUGUAGAAACAGAGCAAGUAAUAUAUUUAGAUAAUGAAAUAACGUCCUAUGUGCAAACUAGAGGAUCAGUUCCUUUGUUCUGGGAACAGCCUGGUAUUCAGGUUGGUUCUCAUAAAGUGAAAAUUUCUCGUGGUUUUGAAGCUUCUGCACCAGCCUUUAAUAGGCAUUUAAAUAUGAUCAAAGAAAGGUAUGGGCAACAAGUGAUUGUCAAUCUCCUUGGAUCUAGUCUAAUUGGGAGCAAAGAAGGAGAAGCAAUGUUAAGUCAGUUAUUCCAAACUCAUCAUAAUAUGUCAGAACAUACUGAUGUACCUCAUAUUCUGUUUGAUUAUCAUCAAGAAUGUAGAGGUGGAAAUAUGAAAAACCUUUCGAAGUUGAAAGCGAAAGUAGAUAAAUAUUUAGAAUCAUUUUCUUUAUUUUACGCGGCUGGUAAUACCGUCAUUCUUGAACAAACUGGAACUAUUAGAACAAAUUGUCUAGAUUGUUUGGAUAGAACGAACUGCGUGCAAACAUUUUUCGCACUGGAAAUACUUGGCAAACAACUAGGAUUAUUAAAGUUACUUGAAAAACAGCAGAUGGUUUCGAGAUUCGAAGAAGUAUUUAGACAAAUGUGGAUCAACAAUGGUAAUGAAGUAAGUAAAAUAUAUGCUGGCACUGGGGCAAUUCAAGGAAGUUCAAAAUUAAUGGACGGUGCAAGAUCCGCAGCUAGAACAAUACAAAAUAAUUUAUUAGACUCCAGUAAGCAAGAAGCUAUCGAUAUUUUACUAUUGGGAUCAACUUUAAAUACUGAAUUAGCGGAUAGAGCUCGAUUACUUUUACCUUCAAACAUGUUACACGCUCCACCGAGUGUUCUCAGAGAAAUGUGUAAAAGAUAUAAUGAAUAUGUCACUACAAUGAAUCUUAGAAUAGGUGUGGGUACGUACAACGUUAACGGAGGGAAACAUUUCCGAAGUGUCGUAUAUAAAGAUUCCCUUUCCGAUUGGUUACUAGAUGCUCCACGAAAAUCAUCAUCCCUAGUAUCAGUUGAAUACGACAAUAUUCCUGUAGAUAUAUUUGCGGUAGGAUUCGAAGAAAUUGUUGAUUUAAAUGCUAGCAAUAUAAUGGCUGCUAGUACUGAUAAUGCAAAAGCUUGGGCAGAGGAACUGCAAAAAGUACUUUCCCGAGAUGCUGAAUAUGUUUUAGUCACAUACCAACAAUUAGUUGGUGUUUGUCUCUAUUUAUUUAUACGACCUGAACAUGCACCUUAUUUAAGAGAUGUAGCUGUAGAUUGUGUAAAAACUGGAUUAGGAGGUGCAACAGGAAAUAAAGGAGCUGCAGCUAUUAGAUGUGUAUUGUAUUCCACAUCCUUUUGUUUCGUUUGUGCACACUUUGCUGCUGGACAGUCUCAAGUGAAUGAACGUAAUGCAGAUUAUGCAGAAAUUACGCGAAAAAUUACUUUCCCUAUGGGAAGAACGUUAAAUACUCAUGAUUACGUAUUUUGGUGUGGAGAUUUCAAUUAUAGAGUUGAUAUGGAUAAAGAUGAAAUGAAAGAAAUGAUCAAAAGAAAUGAAUUUGAUCAAAUAUUACAAUAUGAUCAGUUGAAGGUUCAACAGGAGCAAGGAAAUGUUUUUAAAAAUUUCUUGGAAGGUCCUGUUACUUUUGCUCCAACAUACAAAUAUGAUCUUUUUUCUGAUGAUUAUGACACUAGUGAAAAAUGUCGACAGCCUGCUUGGACGGAUAGAGUAUUGUGGAAACGUAGAAAACAAGUACCUGAUAUCGAUUCUCCUACAGAUUGGAAUCCUGGAAAAUUAAUUCAUUAUGGUAGAGCAGAAUUGAAACAAAGUGAUCACCGACCAGUUAUUGCCUUUAUAGAUGUAGAUAUUCAUUGUGUUGAAUUUGAAAAACGCGAACAAGUAUUCAAAGAAGUAAUUCAAGAUUUGGGUCCACCUGAUGGCACUAUAGUAGUAAAAGCAGUUGAAGAAUCGGAUGAUAUGGACAGUGUGUUUGAUGAAAAUUUUAUGAUGGCUUUAUUACAAGAUUUUUCUCAUAUUGGCGAAGUAAUUCUCGUCAGAUUCGUCGGUGAAACUAUUUGGGUAACAUUCCGAGAUGGACAAUGUGCUUUGUCAGCAGCAAGAAAAGGCAUGACUCAAGUAUGCGGUCAAACUUUGAAAUUAUCUUUGAAGUCUCCAAACUGGGUGCAGCUAAUUGAGAAAGAAAUAGAACUUUGCAGUAAUACUACAGUUGCACAGUUUGUUUCAAAUUCUCCAAUGAGAAGCCCUAUUCAAAGAUUGGAACAAUUAGAUAUAGGAGAACGAUCAUCUCCUAGUAGGGGUAGCCCAAAUGGAGCAAUUCCUCCACCCAGACCAGCUCCACCAGGUCGUCCAACUCAACCACCAAAAAGUCCAGUACAAGAUCGAAAACAAGGACCACGAGCUGGCGUAUUCAGCGUGUUACCCAAUCAAUUCUCAGCGCCUCUAUCUAAAGAAAGGAUAGAAUUUGAGCAAAGUGAAAGGUUAUCCCCGGAAUCUGCAAUUUAUGAAGAAAUAUUAGACGGAUCGCCUAAUUAUCCUAUACCAAAUCGUCCACCACCACCAUUACCUCGUACGGACCCUUCGCAAGAAUCAUCUAGUAGACCACCCAAUUCUAAACCACCCCCAUUACCUCAAAGACAAGCUCCUCCUCCUCCCCAACAUCCACCUCCAAGUUUACCUGCAUCGAAUCCACCGCCAAUUCCGGCAAGAACAUCAGGUGGACCACCCAUUCCAGCUAGAAAUCCACAUUAAACAUUAAAAGCGAUUUAUAUUAUUUCGGAAUCAACCCGUUAUAUGUCAUUGUGUAGCUAAUUAUGUAUAAAUACCAAUAGAGAUUAAAAAUAGAAUAGAUCGCUUCCAUAUAAUGUUGUACAGCUGUGUAGCAUAUCAUAAACCUCAAGUCUGUUCUGUGAUUAGUCAAAUUCGAUUUCCAGGCACUGUAAGAAUUAGUGCUUCCUAUCGUGCAUAUUCCUACAAUAUUUUACAUGUAAACAAGUUUACCUCAGAUUUGAUUAUAUGUCAGAAUAUAUGCAAAGUUUAGAAAUAUAUGUAGUUUGAAAACUUCUUAACGAUCGUUGAAACAAAUGAAAUAAUAAUUAUGUUAAUGAGAUUUCUGGCUGUUGAAAAUGUUAUGUUAAAGCCUCUAAGCUUCUGAAAAAUUUAUUAUGGCUAAAAGGAAAAAAGAAAGUAAUACUAUUAUACAGUUAUACUAAGUCAUUGUUCUUAGUAUACUGUUAUAGUAUA